UUAACCACACCAAACCGCGGAACAGCAACUGUGCAGAAAUGCUGAAAUGCUUUGAGAGUUCUCCGGUGGUUGUGGCUGUCGGCGUUUCCCUCCUAGUCCUCUUGCUGCUCUGUGGGAUUGGAUGUGCUUGGCACUGGAAUCGCCGGGAAAGGACACAGUUUACCCUACCAAAGUUUAUGCAAAGGAGAAGCAGCAGGCAGAAAGACUUCACAAAAACCGGCUUGAGUCCCUAUGUGAUGAGCCCAAGCAUGAAAGCCACAGUAGAAAGCAAAGGCCACAAAUCUACUGCCAAGAAAAACAAGAUGCAUGGCAACUAUGAAAAUGUGGAAGUGUGCCCUCCCUGCACUGAAGAGACAACUGAGAAGGCUCUGUAUGAAAACACGCAGCCUUCUAAUCUCGAGGAGCACGUCUACGGGAACCAAACGGACCCCCUCUAUUAUAACUUCCAGAAACCUAGCCCUCCUCCGCCUCAAGAUGAAGAUAUAUACAUCCUUCCAGAUUGCGACUAG